GAACCAGAAGCAGCAGCGAGCAGCACUGAUUCCUCCUCCUGGCCGCUAGGGGGCGGCCAAUUUGUAAAUCCCGUCAGCCGUUCCUUCCCUGAGUCGCGCAGGAGCAGCCGGAGUGUCGUGACAACGAGCGGCGCGUUGACGGCAGCGGUGUUGUAAAAGACUUGCAAGGACAGGGUGAGGAAGAGCAGCCAUGCCGCUUUUGGAUCUCCAAGACAAACUGGGCAUUGACGUUGACAGGUGGCUUACCAUCCAGAGUGCCAAGCAGCCACAUCAGCGGGCUUCUCUAUGCCACGCCUUUGAGAAAGAGUGGCUGGAAUGUGCUGAUGGCAUUGGGCAGACACGAGCCGAGAAGGAGUGCAAGAUAGAGAUGGAUGAUCUCUUUGAAUGCAUCAACAAGCAGAAAAUGAUCCAACGCAUGAUAGCCAUUAUAAACCAGAGAAAGAAGCUGAUGAAGGAAGGGAAAUACACCCCACCUGCCCAUCACACGGGGAAACUGGACACCGACCCUUGAACAUUGGCUGCAGACCCUCGAGAUAGUGGAACAGAGGGCUGCACUCCCUGUGGAGUUAGGGAUUUUUGUUCUACCAGUGCUGUCUGAAUGAGAGAGCCAAGAAAGGCUCUUGCUCCUGUUCUGUUGCUAUCCAACUCUGGUUCCUUGUACACCGCUGUCUGUUACUGGUUGGAAUAAAAAAAAUAUUUCCUGGUU